UUCCCAAAUACAUUAUUAUUAUUAAAUAGCGGGUAUAAAAGCUGUUCGAUUCCAUUACUUGAACAACUUGGCCAUGGCGCUUUCUCUUCUGCAACACAUAUUUUUAAUCUUCAUUUCCGUUACUAUUUGUUCUUCUUUCAAUUUUCAGCUUUCUUCUCUUGAAAAGCUUACGACGCCACGGAAGAAUGCUUCAAUCCGAGAGCGGAUUCUUGAACUGGCGAAUGAUGAGAAGACAGUUAAGUGGAUGAAGAAGAUAAGGAGAGAGAUUCAUGAGUAUCCGGAACUUGCUUAUGAAGAAUUUGAAACGAGUAAAGUCAUCAGACGUGAACUCGAUCGACUCGGUGUUUCUUAUAGAUGGCCGGUGGCGAAGACCGGCGUUGUUGCCAUGAUUGGUUCUGGUUCUCCUCCGUUUGUUGCUUUGAGAGCUGAUAUGGAUGCUCUGCCUAUUCAGGAACUGGUGGAAUGGGAGCACAAGAGCAAAGUAGAUGGCAAAAUGCAUGCAUGUGCUCAUGAUGCUCAUGUCACCAUGCUCCUUGGUGCUGCAAAAAUACUGCAAGAACUGCGACACACUCUGAAGGGUACUGUUGUUCUCAUAUUUCAACCGGCUGAGGAACGGGGCACAGGUGCAAAAGAUAUGAUUUCAGAAGGUGUGCUUGAAAAUGUUGAGGCCAUUUUUGGUGUACACUUGGUGCAUAAGUAUCCCACUGGUGUUGUUUCAUCUCGCCCUGGAGGAUUUCUAGCUGGAUGUGGAAGCUUUAAAGCCAAAAUCAGUGGGAAAGGAGGACAUGCUGCAAUUCCACAGCACUCCAUUGAUCCUAUUUUGGCAGUUUCAUCAUCCGUAAUUAGCUUGCAAAAUAUUGUUGCAAGAGAAGUUGACCCUUUAGAUUCUCAGGUGGUUUCUGUAAGCAUAAUUGAUGGAGGCACUGCAUUCAAUAUCAUCCCCGACUCAGCUACAAUAGCCGGAACUUUUAGAGCUUUCUGCAAAAAGAGCUUCUCAGCACUUCGGCAAAGGAUAGGAGAGGUAAUCAAGGGGCAGGCAGCUGUGCAUCGGUGCUCUGCGGAGGUUGAUUUUGAAGGAAGGGAACACCCCACAAUUCCCCCAACGGUGAAUGAUGAAAAGAUAUAUGAACAUGUAAGGCGGGUUUCAAUGGAGUUAUUAGGAGAAGAAAAAGUAGAAGUAGCUCCUUGUUUCACAGGGAGUGAAGACUUUGCUUUCUACUUGAAUGAAGUACCAGGAUCCUUUCUGUUCUUAGGCAUCCGGAAUGAGGAGGCAGGAGCCAUUUAUCCUCCACACAGCCCUUACUUUUUUGUUGAUGAGGAUGUGUUUCCCAUUGGAUCAGCCAUUCAUGCAGCAUUUGCACAUUCCUAUCUUUCAAAUUCAACUAAAAAUAAUUACAAUUCUUACUAAUUAUUUGGAGCACAAAUAAUAUAUAUAUUUAUAUAUUCACUCUAUCAAUCUCCCCUCCUUGACGCCUCCAAUGGAAUUGUAUAGCCCUUUAGUUAUGUAAUUAGCCAAUUAUUGUUAACUAGGCAAAUUUUGAUAAAUUGCUUUGAGAGAUUUCACAGUUUGGUCACCA